AUGGAAAUCUCUGCAUCCCCGUAUUCUCCAAAGAGAGUGGACUUUCCAGGUAGCAAGCUCUGCAGGAUCUGUUCGUCAAUCCCGGCGUCAUUCUGGUCAGACGAGUCAAGAAAUAUAGGCGUUAAGCUUCAGCCGUUGGAGUCGAUACGACUUGAAGCACAAAGAGGAUGCCAGCUAUGCGCGAUCCUACUGAUGGGCCUUGACCGUGAUCCUAAUUUUCAGUCAGGGAAUCACAAAACUCUUGAGCUGAAAAGAAAUGCUUUUUAUGCCAUGCCUGAAGACAUGGACGUGGAUCGCUCCUCCUUACUAACACUUCGUGAGGAUACCCUGCGCGGACAGGAUCACGGUUAUCGCAUGAAAAAUCCGCGGGAUUUUGGCUUCUCCCUGGUCCCAUCUCCUUGGUCUGCAUUACAGCCUGUCAAAAUGGGAGAGCAUGUGGACAAUAUUCAACUUAUCCAGGUCUGGCUGAAAAACUGUCGAGACAACCAUACUCAAUGCUCUAGCAACAUUGAGUGUUUUUUACCUACCCGAAUUCUCGACCUCCAGGCGUUUUCCGACAGCGAAGAUAUCCGCCUAGUCACCAGCAUAGCAGAUGACCUCUUCUUUGACGGAAAACCGCCUAAAUAUGUCACUUUGAGCCACUGCUGGGGACCGCCCUCAAAACAGCCGCUCACUACAACAAAGGCAACUCUGAGCGGUCGUAUGACGCGAAUCCCUUUCGAAAAGCUCCCACAGACGUUUCAGGACGCUGUAAAAAUAUGUCGCUCCCUGAGGCAGAGAUUUCUGUGGAUCGAUUCCCUAUGUAUCAUCCAGGACGAUGAAGGAGACUGGGCAAAGGAAGCCGCCUUGAUGGCUUCUGUUUACAGCUAUUCUUACUUUACACUCGCAGCGCUUGACUCCAAAGACAGCAGUGGAGGUUGCAAGAUGGUUGCCGAUAUUCAGAGCUCUUAUUCCAACCGUUUUGUUGAUAUCGACUUCUACGGACCAGAAGAAGGCGAAACGAAGUUCCCUCGUCAGCGACUUCGGGUUUUCGAAGUGCCUUUCUUUGACGACGGAUCUAUCGAAGUCGGACACCUUAACAGUCGCGCCUGGACGUUACAAGAGAGAGAGCUUUCGAGAAGAGUCAUCUCGUUUGCCAGUCAAGGGCUGCUUUGGGAGUGCAACGAGCUUCGCGCAACUUCACAACGGCCAUGGGAAAACAUCGAAAGAUCCACCACCAGAUCUAUAUACAGGGUACCUCUGGGCGACACAAAGGGACUGUUUAAGAGCAAGGCAACCUGGGACGAUAUCGUGGAGGAUUAUUCGGCACGAUUGUUGACAAAACAAAGCGACAGACUGGUUGCGCUGUCCGGGAUAGCACAAGCGGCGCAGGAGUUCUAUCAAGGGGCCACAUAUGUUGGUGGGAUAUGGAGCUCGCUUAUCCCCGAAGGCCUCCUUUGGAAAACCGUGCCGCAACGGUCAAAAGCUACCAAGCUUGCGCAUCAAAAUGACACGGAAUCUUCCUAUAUAGCCCCGAGCUGGUCCUGGGCAUCAGUCACAUCACCGGUGGACUUUAGUUUGGUCCGGGCGUCGGUCAAAGUACCGCCGGAUCUCAAUUUCUCCUUUGGAAGGACGAUUGCUCAACGUCUCACGGUUGAGCAGAUGGUGGGAAUCCCCAAGUAUCAGGACCCGUAUGGUGCGCUUAAAUACGGAGCCCUUGUUCUUAGCGGUGCUCUACUGUUUAACGUUGAUAUUAGCGAUCGGGUCAUGGGCCCACAUGCUGACCUGUCUGUUGGUCUGAUCAAGGAUGGCGUUCGAGUCGGGGAAGUCAGUCUCGAUGCAGCGGAUAUGGUUUCGUCGCUUAGCAAG